AUGGCGGCACCAAGCACCCUUCCAGCGCUGCUGGAUUCUUUGACGCAGUCAUUGACGACAUCACUCGACGCGGCACCAAAAGGCUCCAUUGCGCCGCCUCAAAAUGGAAUUUCACUUCUCGAUACCAAGAACGAGCUUCUUGCUUCCUACCUGCAAAAUCUGGUCUUCUUGAUCCUUCUGAAGUUGCGCAACGCCAAGAAGCAAUCCAGCGACGACGACAAUGCCGGCGGGACUAUGGAGACGGUUGUCAAGAAGCUGGUCGAACUCCGACUGUACCUCGAGAAGGGUGUCCGGCCCCUUGAAGACAAGCUGCGUUACCAGAUCGAGAAGAUUCUUCGCGCCGCGGACGACGCCGAACGGAACACCCAAGCAGUCAAGGCCGCGCAAGGUGCAGGCUCUGACGACUCCGACGACUCUGCUUCUGACGGAGAAUCCGGCAGCGACGAAGAGGAGGAGGAGGAGGAGGAGAUGAAGGCAGCCCACCUUCAAGCUCGGCCAGAUGCCUUUGUCAGACCCGCCGCUGCCUCCUCUGCUGUUGCAACCGCGGCGAAGAAUGGUGUCUACCGACCCCCGAGAAUUGCGCCUACCAUCAUGCCCUCUGAGCGCAAAGAGAAGUCUGAUCGCCGCCCACUCAAGUCCCACACCAUGGACGAGUUCAUCGAGCACGAGCUGUCGACUGCUCCCAUCGCCGAGCCCAGUAUCGGAACGACUAUUGUCAAUGGUGGUCGCAGGAUGAAGACGGCCGCGGACCGCAAGACGGAAGACGAGCGUCGCGAAUACGAAGAAGCCAACUUUACUCGUCUCCCCACGUCGAGCAAGAAGGCAAAGAAGGAGGAGGCUAUGCGUACCGGCAACGGCAAGCGUAUGCAAUUCGGCGGAGAGGAGUGGAGAGACCUCGGCGAAGGCGUCGACCGAAUCAACAGACUCACGGCCCGCAAGAGCGGUGGCGGCAGCAGCCGCGACAUCCUCGACAAGAGCCGGAAGCGCGGCCGGGACACCGCGGACGGACCAAGGGGCAGUGGCCAAGUCGAGAUGGGCGAGAGAUUCCAGAAGAAGGCCAAGAUGUUGGAGGCGGGCAGACGCGACAGAGGCAAGCGAUAG